AUGUCAGUUUCAACAAACUCAAUUAAGCUCCUAGCGGGUAACUCGCACCCAGAAUUGGCUAAACUGGUAAGCCAGAAGCUCGGUGUUGAGCUUAGCAAGAUCCAGGUUUCGCAAUAUUCGAAUCAAGAGACCUCUGUGACAAUCGGCGAAUCAGUCCGUGACGAAGAUGUCUUCAUUCUUCAAACUGGAUGUGGAGAGGUUAACGACUAUCUCAUGGAGCUGCUUAUUAUAAUUCACGCCUGUAAAACAGCAUCUGCUCGAAGAAUCACUGCUGUUAUCCCCAACUUCCCAUAUGCUCGUCAGGAUAAAAAGGACAAGGGAAGAGCUCCUAUUACUGCGAAGCUCAUGGCUAACAUGCUCCAAACUGCUGGAUGUAACCAUGUCAUCACUAUGGACCUGCACGCCAGUCAGAUUCAAGGCUUUUUCGAGGUUCCUGUAGAUAAUUUAUAUGCGGAACCCACUGUGCUGCGAUAUAUUAGGGAUCAAGUCGACUAUUCCAAUUCAGUUAUCGUUUCUCCCGAUGCUGGUGGUGCUAAGAGAGCCGCUGCUUUAGCCGACAGACUGGAUCUUAACUUUGCACUUAUUCAUAAAGAAAGACAAAAGGCAAAUGAAGUCUCCCGCAUGGUCCUCGUGGGUUAUGUACAAGACAAAGUUUGUAUCCUUGUUGACGACAUGGCCGAUACCUGUGGUACUCUGGUCAAAGCUGCUGAGACAUUAAUAUCCCAUGGUGCUAAAAAGGUCAUAGCCAUUGUUACUCACGGUAUUUUCUCUGGAGAUGCUGUCAACCGUAUCAACAAUAGCCCCUUAGACAAAGUCGUGAGUACGAAUACUGUUCCCCAUGAUAAUAUCCAAGCCCAAUGCCCAAAACUCGACCAUAUCGACAUCAGUCCCACUCUUGCCGAAGCCAUCCGUCGUCUCCACAACGGAGAGAGUGUAUCCUAUUUAUUCACCCAUGCCCCUCUAGGCUAG